AUGGAAAAGCUGCUCGCCGUAGUGUGUGUUUCAAGCCUUCUUCUAGCCGCUCUUGCGGACGAUGCCUCCUCCCGAUCUUCUCUUCAGUACCCCUCCCUGGACAGUCUACAAGGUCGUGUUCUAGGUCGCAAAGGCCGAGAAGAGCCAGCACACCACCAUUACCGGCGUGAAGGCGAGCACGAGCAGCAUCAUGAGGUUGUACCUAUGGGAGUGGAGAGUGCUGAAGAGAGGAAGAAGGCAGGCUGGAGGAACGAGGACGAGGACGCGGUUGCGACGGAAGGGUUGAUCUCCAGCGCGGACUACAGCGGUGUGGCCAUGCACGGCCACAGCUCCCUGCCGGCGCACAAAAAGCACCCCAAACCAUAG